AUGAAGAUUGAGAAAGUUCUGAUUGCUGACGAUAUCGAGAAAGAAUGCACUGAUCUGUUGAAAGCUCACGGAAUUGAAGUUACUGUGAAAACUAAACAAACUAACGACGAACUAAAACAAUCUCUGGCAGCUCACGAUGCUGUGAUUGUUCGAAGUGCAACUAAGAUGUCAACUUCAGAGCACAGUUUAAGCACUCGUGUAGAAAAUCUGGCAAGUCCGGGCCCUUGUUUCGUUAACGACUGUUCUUUUUUGGAAGAACUAGCAAAAGAAGAAAAAGCAGCUUGGACUAGUUUUGAUUACGAAAUCACUGAUGAACUCAUUAAAGCUGGUGCAGCCGGUCGUCUGAGACUGAUCGGUAGAGCUGGCACUGGAGUAGACAACAUCGAUGUCCCAACUGCUACUGCUAACAAAGUACUUGUCAUGAAUACGCCUCGUAAUGUAGAUGGCUAUUUUUAUCCUUGUAAGAUCUUGGUGUACUUGAUACAGACAUUUUCAGAGGCCAACUCUCGCUCAGCAGCCGAGCUAACCUGCAUCCUUAUUCUGAGUCUAACACGACAUGUUCCUCAAGCUGAUGCAUCCAUGAAAGCUGGCAAAUGGGCUAGAAAGGACUAUAUGGGAGAAGAGGUCUUCGGUCGCACUCUUGCAGUAAUAGGCCUUGGCAGAAUCGGUACCGAAGUCUCAACUCGUCUUCAAGCUUUUGGAAUGCGAGUCAUUGGUUACGAUCCAAUGUGCACAAAAGAG